UGGCCUAUUGUUUUGUGAAACAACAAAGACUAAGGUUUUGUCCAAGAGCUCCCGCUCUAUUCCCUCCCUCAGCUCUACGUGUGGCCAAUCAACUGGGCCUGUGCAAAUACUCGCAACAACCGCACUGUGUACCUUUCAAGCUUAAGUGACGUCACCCACACAUAUCCCCCAGUAGAGUGCAGUCUGUUCACCGCCAGCCCAGACAGAGAUACCAGCUGAGCCGAGUGGUUCGCCGGGAGGGGCUCCGGCGUUCCUGCGACCAUAAUACACUUUCCGUCCGUCCCGUAGCACCGGGCUGGCGGGCUCGGACAAUUCUGUGUUGACUGUCUUGCACUGAUACUAGAUUGUUAGGGGAAGCACCGCUGGCUUCUCUCACUCGCCAAACCGUGUUGUCCUCCUGCUGCCUUCCCCUUUUGUUUGCUCCUCUCGAUCCGCGGGACUGCUAGCUAGAUACCGAAGAUGCCCAGUUCGCUCUUCGCAGAUAUGGACAGAAAUGUGGGCAGUCAGGUGGACGCCCUGGGGGACCAAACCGUCCUACAGAUAGCACUGGACCAGCUGCUUGGCUUGGACAACGAUGACAGCUCUGUUUAUGACAACGAGCCGAGGAAGAAGAGUGUUAACAUGACCGAAUGUGUCCCGGUUCCCAGCUCGGAGCACGUAGCCGAAAUCGUCGGCAGGCAAGGCUGUAAAAUCAAAGCCUUGCGAGCAAAGACCAACACCUAUAUCAAGACUCCGGUGCGAGGGGAGGAGCCGGUGUUCGUGGUGACGGGCCGAAGAGAGGACGUAGCCAUGGCAAGGAGAGAGAUCAUCUCGGCUGCAGAGCAUUUCUCCAUGAUCCGAGCCUCCAGGAACAAGAACGCCAGCCUGAAUGGCGGGGGUGGGGCAUCCAUCCCUGGGCCCCCCAACCUGCCUGGGCAGACCACCAUCCAGGUACGCGUGCCCUACAGGGUAGUGGGACUGGUGGUGGGGCCCAAGGGGGCCACCAUCAAGCGCAUCCAGCAGCAGACGCACACCUACAUUGUCACGCCCAGCCGCGACAAGGAGCCGGUGUUUGAGGUGACGGGCAUGCCCGAGAAUGUGGACCGCGCGCGGGAGGAGAUUGAGGCCCAUAUCGCCGUGCGGACGGGAGGGUUCGUGGAGCUGACCGAUGACAAUGACUUCCAUGCCAACGGCACGGAUGUGGGCUUCGACCUGCACGGCCACCCCGCUCUGUGGAGCAAGGCUGCUGCCACCACCACGCCCACCGCCGGCCGUAAGCCCUUCGCCAACUACCGCAACGACAGCUCCAGCUCCCUGGGCAGCGCCUCCACCGACUCCUACUUUGGCAACAAUGCCGGCUCCCGGUUGGCCGACUACAGCCCCCCCAGCCCCACCUUGAGCUACACGGCCUCCAGCAAUGGCAACAACAACAAUAACAACAACAACAACGCCAAUAUUAACGGCAACAUUAAUGGCCACGGUGACAAGUUUGUCUCCAUUUCCCCAGUUUGCACUGAUCUGACAUUUAAAUCUUCACCAGGAUUCAACCAUUCCCCUGCCACGCCCUCUGCUCCCAGUCUGCUGUGGUCACAGUAUGACCACCCUGCACCUUCUGGCGGUGCCCCGCCCACUGUGUUUCCAGCUGCUGCUUCUGCAAACGCCAGCGGGGGCGUUGGGAACCAGCGGGCCCCAUCCAGACUGUCCCCUCCCCUGCACCAUCACCACGCCAAUGGCCUGUCCCAGCACCCGCUGGCUCGCAGGGUGUGCAGUGACCCAGGAGGGGGCGCCCUCUCCUUUUCCACCUUCUCUAGCUGUGGGCUGUCCAAUGGGAUGGAGGAGACCUCCAUGUCCGGGCCACACCUCCCUGAAAUGCCAUCCGACUCCUCCGCUUCAUCGGAUUCCUCAACAUCCUCAUCCUCCUCUUCCUCUUCCACGGGUACGAGCCGGAAGGGCAGCCGGGACUGCUCGCUGUGCUUUGAGAGUGAGGUGAUUGCCGCACUGGUGCCCUGCGGGCACAACCUGUUCUGCAUGGAGUGUGCCAACCGCAUCUGUGAGCGGAACAAUCCGGAAUGUCCCGUCUGCCACACUGCUGUCACUCAGGCCAUACGCAUCUUCUCAUAGGACAUGCCCAACUGGGACACACCCCACAGCAGACUAGAACUGUUGUGCAUUUUGAAGAUCUAAUGACACAUGUAUACAUGAACAUGUGUGUGGGUGUAGUCAUAAGUAUUUGUCUGUGUUGACAUAGAGACAUGUAUAUGUAGAAACAGGGAAGUUUUUGUGUAGAGAAAGUGGAGCGUGUGUGUGUAGACAUAGAGACUUGUGUGUGUGUGUGUGUGUGUGAAGUCUGCAUGCUUGUGUGCAUGCAUGUGUGCACACAAGGCUGCAGCAUCCCAAAGGAGCAGUGGUCAGGGCUCUGCUGUUUGUUUGUAAUGUACUGUAACCUGGGAACAUUUACAACAUCUAAUGCAUGCUUUAAA